UCAGAUUCCCCUUUUUGUCAGAUAAUCGAAUGAUCCAAGCUAAUCAAGACAACCUUAAUUUGGUAGAAAUUCUCCAAUUCGCGGAGAAAAAGAGUCACAAUGGAAGAGGAAACGAAAAGCAAUGCGAUCAACCACCACCACCACCUGAUCGACAUCUCACCGGAGUUGGGCGGCGCGACCACCGUCGAUGGCACGACGGAAAUGAAGGAGCCGGGUCACGCGGGUGCCGUCGGUGCCGGUGGCGUAGUGGAUACGACGGAAUUGGGUGACACGGACGCCGUCGAUGGCACGACGGCGGAAACAAAGGAGGAGCUCGGCGGCUCGGCCGGCUCCGACGGCGCGGUGGAGACGAAGUGGCUUCGCAAGCUCACGUCGUCGAGCGUCAACACCGCCGUGCUGAGAGACCUCGUCGCGCGGACGCCCAUGCUGUGGUACCUCGGCGAGCGCUCCGGCACCAUCCUCCGGCCACGCUCCCGGCGCGCGCGCGCCGACGCGCUGCACGCGGUGCGCGCCGUGGCCGUCGGCCCGUUCCACCGCCGUGACCACUGGCUCCCCUUCCCCGACGACGCCAAGCUGCCGUUCCUGCGCUACCUGCAGGACCAGUGCGAUCUCGACGUCGACCGGUACGUCGCGGCGCUCGCCGAGGAGCGCGACCGCCUCCGCGACGAGUUCGCCGACGACGACGCCGCGGGGGACGACGUCGCCGCGGAGAUACUCCGGGUGGAGGAGAAGUUCCUGCAGAUGGUUCUCCUUGACAGCUGCUUCAUCCUUGUCGUCAGCAUGAUGCUCAGCAAGCUCUGGGCCGGCGGCGAUGGCGCCGGCUGCGUGUCGCGGGCGGCGUCCAUCAGCAGGGAGUACUUCAUACUUCACAUGGCCGUGUCCCAGCACGCCGAGGACAUCAAGCUGGACCUGCUUGUGCUCGAGAACCAGGUCCCGUUCGCCGCCGUCAAGCUGCUGGCCGCCUCCUGCAGCAACCUGAAGCUCCGGAGCUCCGUCGAGGAGCUCGUGCUCGGCUGCUUCGACGACAUCUUGCCCAGGCGAGCGAGCCCGGCCGGAGCUGCCGCCGGCGCCACCGAGUUCCUGCACGUGCUGCAUCUCUUCCACUGGUCACGCGUGCCGGCGAGCAAGUACUGCAUCGUGUCGACGCCGCGGAAGGUCGUCCAGAUCAAGGAGGAGUCGGAGCGGCUGUUCCCUUGCUCCAUGGAGCUCUGCCGGUCGGCGGUGUGGUUCCGGGAGGCGGCGGCGAGCUGCGGCGACCUCGACAUGUGGUUCUGGAGCCGGACGGCGAGCCCCGUGGCGGUGAUGACCAUCCCGCGCUUCCAGGUGCACGAGUACAGCGCCGGCGUGCUGCACAACAUGGUGGCCUUCGAGAAGCACUUCCACUGGGCGCACGGCGCUUGCGUGACGGCGCACGUGGCGAGGAUGGAGGGCCUGGUCCGGUGCGCACAGGACGCGGCGUUCCUCCGGCGGCGGGGCGUCCUGUCGAGCAUGCGCAAGACGGACGCCGAGCUGGUGGAGUUCUUCCGCGAGCUCGGGGAGGAGACGGUCGGCGCGCGGCUCCCCGACGAGUACGCCGACAUGGUCGACGCGGUGGCGUGGCACCGGAAGCGGAAGGUCAGCUGGUGGUGCGGCGGGUUCGUGCUGCACUUCUUCCCGUCGCCAUGGGUGGUCGUGUCGCUCGUCGCCGCCGCGGCGGUAAUCGUUGUGCCGUCGCUUCUGCAGACGGUGUAUACCAUGCUAAGCUAUGCGAAAACAAACUAGGAUUACGCCUUAUGGAUUUUGAAGAACUGAUUAGUAGGUAUUUUCUAUGAAUUUGCAAGAUUUCAAGCACCCGAAAUUUCUAAAUAUUCAGUCACCUAGAUAUAUACAUUGCUAAGCCUGUUAUUGUAGUGCUAUGGAAUGUGCCAUUUUAGUUUAUUUUUAAGUGUAAUGUUGU